AUGGAGAACAUGAUGCAGGGCAAUAAGAUCAGACGAGUUGCAGCUACUCGCAUGAAUGAGAGGUCAUCUCGAUCACACACGAUUUUCCGGAUUAUUCUGGAGUCGAAAGAUGCCAAUCAGAAAGAUGGACCUGUACAUAUAAGCUACCUUAACUUAAUGGACUUAGCUGGUUCUGAGAGAGUUUCUCUGACGAAAGCUGCUGGUGAGCGUCUUAAAGAGGGGGCUAACAUAAACAAAUCUUUGUCAGUAUUAGGAAAUGUGAUAAGGCAACUAAGCGAGGGGAAGGAGUUUAUCAGUUAUCGCGAUUCGAAAUUGACUAGACUGCUCUCACAGGCUCUUGGCGGUAAUGCCAAAUCAUUGAUUAUCGGGAAUGUUACUUUAGCUGCUGCAGGAGGAGACUAG